UCCACAAACACAUCAUCCUUUCAAAUUCUAAAAUAUCUCUACCUUAUUCUUUAUAAACCUUUUUCCAAUUCCACUGCAACAAACUUCUUCUUCUAUCUAUCUAUCUCCAUAAUCUCAGGAACAAUCAAAAUCAAAAGCUUGUGAUCUUCAUAAAGAUUUCAAGAACACUCUGUUCCAUGGCGACUGAAGCUUCAGAUUUCAAAUACGAAGAGGAAUACAUCGUGAAUUCGAAAGGAUUGCAAAUAUUUACGUGUCGAUGGCUUCCUGUUGACACUGAACCAAAAGCUUUGAUCUUUCUCAACCAUGGCUACGCCAUGGAAUGCAGUGUCUCCAUGAAAGGAGCUGCAUUAAGGCUUGUGAAGGCGGGAUUUGCAGUUUAUGGGAUUGAUAAUCAAGGACAUGGGAAAUCUUCUGGGCUUCAGGGUUAUAUCCCAUCUUUUGAUGAUCUUGUUAACGAUUGUUCAGAUUUUUUCACAAGCGUUUGUGAAAAGAAAGAAAAUAAAAGAAAGAUGAGAAUAUUGCUUGGAGAAUCGAUGGGAGGGGGAAUGGUUCUCCGAUUACAUAGGAAGAACCCAGAGUAUUGGGAUGGUGGAGUCUUGAUCGCACCCAUGUGUAAGAUUGCAGACGACAUCAAGCCUCCUCAAUUCGUAAUUAACGUGUUGACAAAACUUACAAAAAUAAUUCCAACAUGGAAGAUUGUACCCGGUAAAGAUAUUAUUGACGUUGCUUUUAGAGAUCCUAAAAUCCGGGAAGAGGUUCGUAAUAACCCCUUAUGCUACAAAGGACGAUUUCGUCUAAAGACCGCCAAUGAGCUACUAAAUGUUAGUUUAGACCUUGAAAAUAGGCUCCAAGAGGUAACAUUUCCAUUUUUUGUUGGUCAUGGAGAAGCAGACACGGUGACUGAUCCAUCAGUAAGCAAGCUUUUAUACGAAACGGCUUCUAGCUACGAAAAGACCUUUAAGUUGUAUCCAGGAAUGUGGCAUGCUCUCACAUAUGGAGAGUUUUCUGAAAACACAGAUACAGUAUUUGCAGAUAUUAUUGGUUGGAUUGAUGAGAGAGUUUCAAGUGGCAAUUCUAGAUUGGAGAGAGAACAAAAACAUGCAAAUGAUGAAUUUGAUAGCUCAAGCAAAAAAAGUGCCUAAAUUAACCAGAAAGAUAUCAUACUUCAAUUUUAUACUUCUCAAACUCUAAUUUGUAUACUAAAACAUGUUAUUACAAAAAAAAGGUUUGAUAUUAUUUUUAUAAUAAUUCUUUUUAUUUCU